AUGUCGACCUGGCGAGCGGUCAGGAGCACAGGCAAGCGAGCCUGGAGACAGCCCAGCCAAAACGGGUGCACCGAGCGCAGCGAGCACUGCGAGUUUUUCGAGCGCGAGCUACUUUCUGAUGCGCCUGUUCAGGAGGGAGAGAAGGGCUACCCUGCCAGGAGGUGGCGUCCCAAACCUGCAGUGCUUUCGCCGCCCUCGCAAACCGUCGCGCUGGCAAGGCCUGUGACACCCAAGGAUUCCAACGCCCGAGUAGUUUGGCUUCUGGGGAACCGCUGCGUGGAGCUGCUGCUGCCAUCUGGAGCAGUGCGUUGCUCCACUCUGCCAGCAGCCAUCAAGGCGGGCUCACGGUCAGUGGCGGAUGUGGCAAUUCCAGGCCGUUUCUACGUGCUCGAGAACGGCAGCUCCAGGGUCUGGCAGGUGGAUCUGGGUUUAGGUCCGCCAAAGCCACUGGGCGAUGAGGCUGAGGCCUGGCGUUUCCGUGCUUCGCUGGGAUCUCGAUUAGUCAGCUGUGGCCCUGAAAACCGGUGGCUGCUGGUCACGGGUACGCCGCAUCACGGGGCCCACAGCCCUUGGCUUUUCGACUUGGACUCACUGCGCUGGGAGGCCCUGCCAGCAGCACCUCAUGCCAUACUCUCUUCUGCUGUGGCAGUGCAACCCGGCACCUCAGAGGUAACAAUCCUGGGAGGCUGGAGCAAGAUGAGUAGCUGCCACGGCCACGACGUUGCCGAGCAGCGGUGGCCGGCCAACCUGGACGGUAAUUCCCGGGCGUCUGCCCUGGCGGCGGCCGGGAGCUGCGACCUACUUGGAGGAUGGGCGCAUGCUCAUCUCGCUGGGAUGGAUGGAGUGCGAGGGUGCUGUGGGCGCAAACAACUUCAAGCUGUUGCCCAGGAAUGGUGCUGCUCAGCGCGCGCGUUCCUCUUCCUCCCGGCUGGUGGCCUUGGGCGGGGGGGCACACCUGGAAGAGCUGUCUGUACUGCCCCUUGCAGACAGCUUCGAAAACCUGGGGCAGAUCUUCGCACUGGGCAACUCCCUGGCCUGUGUAGGAAGGGACCAUGUCCAGGCCUUCGACCUCACUUCUGGGUCGUGGCAAAGAUGGCCUUUGCCCGCA